AUGGCGUCUCUCACGGUGCUUUUUCUGUCGUGUCUACCGCUCGUCUUUGCUUCUAUCACGGUCUGGGACCCCAGCGACUCCGCUGAUGUGACUGCUGAUGCUGCGGACAACACUCUAAUCGCUGAUUACACCACCGACAACGGCGGCGCGCAGUACCUGAUCUACAAUAUCACUGGACCAUAUUAUUACUUCGAGGAGGAUGUCGAGCUGGCACACGUCACUCUUACGGUCGAUGCCAAUGACACCAGCGUUCUCGUCGGCACGGAGGGAUCAGCUGUGAACCUCUCCUUCAGCGAUGUGAUCAAGUAUGGCUACAGCACAUGGCUGAACCAGGCCAGUUUCUUCGGCGUCAACGCGGCAAUCAACAUCGCCAAUCGAUCGACCGCGUACAUCGACCAUGCCAACGUGACGGUCCACAACGGAGCUGCCAACAUCUAUGCUUACGGCACCGGCACCAUCGUCUAUGUCAACGACACCGAUCUCUACAGCUCCGGACCUGUGUCGCAUGGCUUAUACGCCGGCGGCAACGGCACUUUUGUGGCCAAUAACAUCCGCCAUUUCUCGGGCGGCGAGCGCAGCUCGGCCUUCUCCGGAGACAGUCCAGCCGGAUACCUGCACAUCACCGACGCCGUCGCCCACACAGCUGGCAUCGGAAGUGCCAUCUUCUACACUCUGGGGGAGACCUAUGGCACCAAUGUGAUCGGACAUGCCGAAAACGCUCCGAGCCUGUUCUCCGAUGGGGUGCAGAAGUCGGUCUUCACCAACGUCGACCUCACCGCGGGCCUGCUCGCCGGUACCAUCCUCUUUUCUUCUUCUUCACGCAGCAGUGGCGCUUCGCUGAGCUUCACGAAUUCCCGGUUGACCACUCUUGGGGACGACAUGCCCGCGUUGUGGUUCGGCAAUAUCAUCGCCGAGGCCGAACUGGUCGCCACCACGCUGAACACCACUUCCGGUGUUCUGGUUCUGGCCAACACCUCGCAGGUGACUCAGGCGUUCGACCAUUUCGCCGGUUAUGAGGAGAAUUCCAGUAUCCAACCGGCCGAGGUGACCGUGACCGUGUCGGGGUCGACUCUGACAGGCGACAUUGUCGCGUACAACAGCAGUCUCAUUGCUUGGAGCUUAACAGACUAUUCCAGCUGGACCGGAGCUGCUGUGUAUGGUCGCGGCAAGGGGUACUUGGGCGUCUCGCUCGAUGCCACUUCGAACUGGACUCUGACUCAGAGUGUCUAUCUGCAGAACUUCACUGACGCAGAUACCUCCUUCAGUAACAUCAUCAGCCAGGGGUACAGCAUCUACUACAAUAAGUCGUCCUCAGCCAACUCGUGGCUCGGGUCGGCUAAUGCCUCCUUGCCCGGUGGUGGAAGCUUGAUCGCGUACUAG